UUCUUUACUGGACUAUACUUACAAAUUAAGACGGCAUAGACUCUACCUUUUAAUGUUCAAAUGGUUCCUAAGAAAUGGAGUAAAUUAAGUAAAGAUAAACCCUUUGCAAUGGAUGAUGAAAUUGAGGAUCAUAUUGUUUUUCGCACUGUAUAUAUUGGUAAAGGAAAAGGCUAAAACCAACUUGUUAGAAAAGGACAAAAGGUAAGCAGAAAUAUCUUGAAAUAGCUGAAAUGUUCCACAGAAAUAACAAAAACGACAAUAGCUGUCAUCUUAUCCACUUACACACCAAUUUCAGCUUCUUUGCCUCCAGAAUGCGUCUACUAAGCCUAACUCUGGUAUGAAGCAUGACCAUGGCUUCUAGCUCACCUUUUUGCCCUCUUCAUUUCCCUCCCACAUUCAUCCCAAUACCUGCAAGACAAACAACACACGCUUGUUUCCCUUGCAAUAGUUAUAUUCCAUAUAACCACCAUUCCAAGAGAGAGUUUCCAAUCGCACCAGUGGCUUCAGUCCCAUACCAACCACUCAAUUUAGAUUACCUGGAAGGAGAAUUCAGUGGGCAUGGAGUCACUUUUGAAGGUGUUGGUGAAAGCUGCAUCGCCAAGAUGGAACUGCAAAAUGGAAGCACUGCAACUCUGAUGCUUCCAAGCGGAUUGAUCACCUCCUACAAGUCCCCUAUGUGGCAUGGGGAAAAGAUGGAGCUGCUGCACACAGCAGUUUCAGAGGGAGAAGAUGGUCAAGCCAUCAUUCAAGGAGGAGUGUCUCUGAACUUUAAUUUUCAAACUGAUGAUGGUGAAAUUUCUUGGUCUCCAACUAACUGGGUGCUUCGUGAUGUUAAAGGCAAUCCUGAGGAAUCAAUUCAAGUAGAAUUGAUAAGCAGAACAUUAGAAGAUAUGGUUGAAUUGAAGCAUAGUGUGACUCUGCGAGGAGAUACUUUAAGGUCAGAGCUUGAAGUGACAAACUCCAGGUCUUUGCCUAUUCAGAUGGCAGGAUCCAUCCUGAGUCAUUUGACAGUGAGCACACCAGAUGCAACUUAUGCAGUGGGAUUGGAAAGAUCAGAUUACUGCAGCAAACCGCCAUUUGCAUCAGAAUUCUUUUUGAGCCCUCCAGAUUUUAGCCAAGAAGGUUUGGGCAAAGUAUGGAAUUUAUUGGCUCAAAAACAACUCUUUCCUCACUGGGGCGCAAAAAAUCAAGACUAUAACCAAGCAGAAAGCAGCCAAUUAGAAAGUCAUGGAGAUGCCAACGUUGAAGAAAUGGACAACUACAAACAUUUAGGAGAGCGAAUGAGUCUGAUAUACACAAAUGCACCUCGAAGUUAUACUGUGAUUGACAGGGGUAGAAGGAAUUCAGUGCUAGUGGGAAGGAAUGGAUUUGAUGAAAUGUACCUAUUCAGUCCAGGCUCAAGCGUUGAAAUCUACAGCAAGUAUGCGUACAUUUGUGUUGGCCAAGCAGCUGUUCUGAAACCAGUACUACUGAAACCUGAAUGCGUGUGGAUAGGUGGGCAGAGUAUACACAAUCCAAAUCAAUGACGUAUAUGCUUAAGUUUUUCGCUAUAAAAAAAAACAGUUAAUUGUUAUUUUUCUUUCCCUUUUGUUUUAAGGAAAAAAAGUUUGUUAUGCUUUUUUCUUCCCUUUCGGGGCGGGAGGAUGGAGGAACUAUAUUGUUUAUGAAUAUAGAGAUUGUGCAGAUUGAGCGAUA